AUGAUAGAACAAGUUCAGAUGUAUCCCCCCAAGGAAGUUUUCUUUCGAGUGGCGGCUGAGAUGUUCUCGGACGGUGCUUUCAACUGGGGCCGUGUGGUGGCAUUGUUUUAUUUUGCAUGCAAGUUGAUCCUAAAGGUAGUGUGCAGUAAAUUACCAGAGCUCCUAAGGACUGUCAUCAGCUGGACUAUGGAAUAUAUCCAGGAACAUGUCCUGUCCUGGAUCCAAGCCCAAGGAGGAUGGGAAGGCCUCCUCUCCUUUUUCGGCACCCCCACUUGGCAAACCAUUGCUGUCUUUGCUGCGGGGGUCUUGACUGCCUCGCUGACCUUCUGGAAGAUGUCUUAAUCCUCAGCCACCUCCACAAGGAGGACCUUUUCAUUACAAGAACAAGUGGAGGAGGGGCAGGUUCCCCCCACCCC